AACUACAUUAGGGUAACCGAGGUAUUUUGGCCCACUUUAGGAUUGAUUUUAUUUUGGCCCACUUUAUAAAAAUAUCCACCAAAUGUUGUAAUAUCUUUAAAAACCCCUUCCGCAAUAGGUAAUUUAAUGUGAUUAGCUUCAAAAUGAUGCAAAAUGAGUUACUUAACAUCGAUAAAAUCCGAUGAAAUCGAUAAAGUUUGAUAGGUGGGCCAAAAUAUAUGAAGUGGCCAAAAUACCUCUGUUACCCUACUAUUACACUCGGAAAUCUAUGUUUAUUUAAUUUAUGGUUCUACUCAAUGUUGGGUAAGCGUGCAGAGAAACGUUUUGUUUUUGUUAUUUUUAUGCUGUCAAAUUAUUACCUGGUUGGUUGUUCUUUUUGUAUUGUCUAAAUAAGACGCCUAAGACCGAACACGGUCCAUAUUGCCACAGGCAGGUUGUUAUCCGGUUGAUUUUGUAUUGAUUGUCAAGAAAAAAAAAGGCUAAGAGCGAUCACGGUCCAUUCCACUGCAGAACAACGCAGUUUUGGUAGUUGCAGCUACAUUUAUCACAGAAAAAUGGAAUCCGACCAGAUACAGCAUGUGAUGCCAAACGAAGAGAAAAAAUCAAAUAUUACUCUAACGAAUGAUUUUUCGAAUCCAUAUAAAUGUCUGAUUUGUGAUAAAAAAUUCGGCAGAAAGAGUACUCUCAACUCUCACGUUAUAGUUCAUGACGGCACACGGCAACACAUGUUGCUUCACACGGGUGAUCGACAUAAAUGUGAAGUGUGUGGCAAAGAAUACUCUAGAAAAAUUAACUUGAAAUUACACAAACGCAUUCAUACAUCUGAUCAGUUGAUCGAUUCGUUAUCAAUCGAACCACUAGACCAUGAAAGCGUCAUUCUGGACAAGCAGAACGAAUCCACAAAACUCGAUGUCAAUGACAAGGUAAAUAAACAAACAAUUGGUUUUGGCAACAGCGACGUAUUCGAUUUACAAUCAAAUUCAUACAAUUCUGCUAGCUGCAAUGAAGUGAAUCGAAGUGAAAUAAUAUUCCAUCGUAUACAGGAUGUUAUACCGAACAAGAAGCAACCAUCAACUAGCUCAGUAACAUCUUUCACACCGAAAAACAAAUUUGCAAAUCAAUACAAAUGUCCGAUUUGUGAUGAACAAUUUUCUUACGAGAGUUGUUUACAUAAGCACGUCUUAUUACAUGGGAAAGCGAUACGAUUUAGUUGUGAUAUUUGCAGAAAAAGUUAUUCUCUUAAGAAACAUUUAAAACGACAUAUGAUCGCCCAUGCCGCUGAAAACCCGUUUGCGUGUGAUGUAUGCGGCAAAGGAUUUUGUGACAAGCGAACAUUGAAGUUCCACAACAACAUUCACACCGGAGAGCGGCCGUACAAGUGCACUGUGUGCGGAAAAGAGUUCCAUGCUCAAACAAAUUUUUCCCAACACAUGCACCUUCAUGAAGGCAAGCACAAGUGCACGGUAUGUGGCAAAAUGUUUACCUCUAACGCUCAACUAAGCAUACACGUGUCUUCACAUACUGGUUCUUAUAAGUAUACUUGUGAUGUGUGCGGUAAAGGUUUCUCGUUUAAACUGCUUUUGAGAGACCACAAAAACAUUCACACAGGAGAGCGUCCUUAUAAAUGCAGUGUAUGCGAAAAAGAUUUUGCUAAUAGACGUGUCCUUACCAAUCAUAUGUCCAUUUGUCCGGGUAGGCAUUAGUUAGUUAGUUAAAAUUUUAUUUACCCCCGGUUUUAACCUUUAAGGUCUUUUGCCGGUGGGUUAAGUGCUUAAUAUAUGUCAUUUAUGUUCCUAUUCAUAAACGAA